AUGGACCCCAACACCGUUGACAAGAACGAUGAUAGGUACUCUCACUACCAUCGAAGGAUACAACACCCCAGGAUGGACUGCUACAACCUCCGAAUAAUGUUACAGAGGAAGCUGGAGAUAGGCGAAAUUGAGAUGGGAAAUCCUGAAGGCGGCAAGGCGACUCAACACCAAGUUAUGAUGCUCUCUCAUGAACCGAGUGGAGAUGCUUGGAAACCUUGGGAAGACAAUGAUGAAGAGGCGUGUGAAACCGAGAUGGAAAACCCCGCGUUCACAAACACAGAUGGUGUGGCUAGCAGGUUUGCACAAACAGUAUUGUCUCAACAAUUAUUUGACUCCCUCGACUUCAGUGAAAACCAAAUCAAAGAAGCAUCCAAGGCUAUAACAGCUAUCGCGGCAGGAAAACCCUACGACCCCCUCCCCAAGGAGGCGAUUGUGUUUACAGAUGAAGACAUCUUCUAUCCGGGAGAGCAUCUUAGACCCUUGUACUUAACCACGCAUAUCAACAAGCACCCAUUGAAGAGAGCCUUCGUAUAUGGGGGUGCGUCUCUGAAUUUAAUCUCCAUGCACACUUUAGACAUCCUGGGAGUGCAGCGAUCCGCAAUCAGGAUGCGAACUACUUCAGUGAAGGGGUUCGGCGGUCAUACCCAGACAUCCAUAGGGAUCGUCAACCUAGUCAUGAAAGUCGGACCUAUCCGCGCACUUACACCAUUCUACAUACUGGAAGAUGACACCACAUUCCACGUACUAUUGGGGCGAGGAUGGCUGCUCAACCAUAAGGUAGUGGCAUCGACGUAUCACCAAUGUGUUAAGACCAAUAUGGGAGGAAGGAAGUAUCGGAUCCCCUCCACAAGCAACCCGUUCGACCCAGAUGAAACAUAUAUGGCGUAG